GUAGCGGCAGCGCGUGGGUGUGCCAGUUGUUGCAGCAGACAGCCUUGUUCGGCUACGGCAUUGCCUACACCAUCACCGCUUCCAUCAGCUUCAGUCUCUUCCCCGGCAAGCGGCGCGAAUCUUGGCUUAGGGCGAGCCUCUGCGCGGUGCCGGGGCAAUGGCGGUGCAGCACUCCCUCCAGGUGAUCGACGGCCGGUGCGACGACGACGGGAGCCCGCCCCGGACCGGGACCGCGUGGACGUGCGCGGCGCACAUCAUCACGGCGGUGAUCGGGUCUGGGGUGCUGUCGCUGGCCUGGGGCGUGGCGCAGCUGGGGUGGGUGGCCGGACCGGCGUGCAUGCUGUGCUUCGCGCUCGUCACCUACGUCUCCGCCCCCCUCCUCUCCGACUGCUACCGCUGCCAGGACGCCGAGAAGGGGCCCAGGAACCGCUCUUACAUGGACGCCGUCCGCUUCUACCUCGGCAAGAAGCAGACCUGGGCUUGCGGCUCGCUGCAGUACCUGAGUCUGUACGGCUGCAGCGUUGCGUACAUCAUCACCACCGCCACUAGCAUCAGGGCGAUUCUGAAGGCCAACUGCUACCACGCUCACGGGCACGACGCGCCCUGCAGCUUUGACGGCAGCUACAUGCUCAUGUUCGGGGGUGUGCAGCUCCUCCUCUCCUCCAUACCGGACUUCCACGACAUGGCGUGGCUCUCCGUCCUCGCCGCGGUCAUGUCUUUCUCCUACGCCUUCAUCGGCCUCGGCCUUGGCCUCUCCAACACCAUCUCUAACGGUGUCAUCAAAGGAAGCAUAACGGGUGUCCCAAUGAAAACCCCUCUCGCCAAGGUAUGGCGCGUCUCACAGGCCAUCGGCGACAUUGCGUUCGCGUACCCGUACUCCUUGAUCCUCCUAGAAAUUCAGGACACCCUCAAGUCGCCACCGGCUGAGAACAAGACGAUGAAGAAGGCGUCCAUCAUCUCCAUCCUGGUCACCACCUUCUUCUACCUCUGCUGUGGCUGCUUCGGCUACGCCGCCUUCGGUAACGACGCACCGGGGAACCUCCUCACCGGCUUCGGCUUCUACGAACCCUACUGGCUCAUCGACUUCGCCAACGCCUGCAUCAUCCUCCACCUGCUCGGUGGCUACCAGGUGUACAGCCAGCCGAUCUACCAGUUCGCAGACAGGUACUUCGCGGAGCGGUACCCGGGGAGCGGGUUCGUGAACGACUUCCACACGGUGAAGGUGCCGCUGCUGCCGCCCUACAGGGUGAACCUGCUGCGGGUGUGCUUCCGGACGGCGUACGUGGCGAGCACGACGGCCGUGGCGCUCUUCUUCCCCUACUUCAACGAGAUCCUGGCGCUGCUGGGCGCGCUCAACUUCUGGCCGCUGGCCAUCUACUUCCCCGUGGAGAUGUACUUCAUCCAGCGGAAGGUGCCCCGCUGGUCCACCAGGUGGCUCGUCCUCCAGGGCUUCAGCACCGUCUGCCUGCUCGUCAGCGCCUUCGCGCUCGUCGGCUCCAUCCAGGGCGUCAUCAGCCAGAAGCUAGGCUAGUACAAUAUAUAUGUGCUCACGAUAGAGAGAUUCCCCUUCCGGUUGGAACUGGGUUGCUGCUUUUCCAGUAGUGUAAUGGCUAUGGAGAAUGUCACUACCGUGUUAUAGCGACAGGGGAGCAUUAGGUUUCUCCCUCCGUGGCGAUGAAAACAACGAAGUACAAAGCAUCUUGUAUCUGCACGAGCAGGACCGCAGUGGCACGCCGUUUUCAGUGCCUUUCUUUCUGGCUUGUGCAUUGGACUGAAACCUGUACACAUGUUAGAUUAGAUUUGCCAGGUCACUUGAGAAGAAUGUUGGGAUGAUUUUCCAUAA